AGGAGCUGAUGCACGUGCUCACCCGCUACAUGGGCUGGGAGGCCGUCAUGCGGGUACGCGUCAGCCGCGGCUGGAAGAUCACCAAGUUCUACGGGCACCUCUUCAUUCGGGGCCAGGACCUGCUGGUCGUUCCCAACUGCCACGCGGACCAGACGUUCAGCAUCGCCAUCGACAUGGAGGAGAACGCCACACCCGAGCCCGUCAUGUGCGUCCAGAGCGCGCUGCUAUACACGAACUCUAACGGGGAGCGGCGCAUCCGCGUGAACACCUGGGCCGGCCUGACGACGCCGAACUACACCGACGUCAUAGGAUCAAUAGACGUGCAGGCAAUGACCACCAUGAUGUCGCAGAUACAUCUAGAGCGCGCUCUGUCAGCCAGCCUCUCGGAGGCGCGCAACAAGCUGCAGACGCAGGCCCAGCAGAUCGUUCAGGCGGGCGCAAUCUGCCCGAACUCGGAGGCGUUGCAGUUCCUGCCCUUGUACAUCAUGGGCAUGUUGAAAUCGGAGGCCUUCAAGACAACGAAUGAUAUUGGCUUUGACAGGCGCACCUAUAUUUGGAUGCGAUUAGAGACGGCGUGCGUCUCCCAGUUGGCGGCAUAUUUCUACCCGCGGAUGCUGGCACUGCACGACGCGCCUGACAGCUGCGCCACGCUAGACGAGCACGGCCAUUGCACCCUCCCGGACAUGCUGAAUCUCACAAGCGAGAGCAUGAGUCAGCACGGGGUUUUCCUUCUGGAGGACGGCGAGUGCAUGCAGAUGUGGAUCGGGAGGAACGUGGACGUAGCCUUCGUGCAAGGCCUCUUCGGGGUCGGCUCCUUCGACGAGCUGAACUCAGCCGCGGCUGGAAGCAUCGAGGAGUACCUGGAGCAGCGGUCCGACGCCCUGUCCCAGAAGAUCUACAACAUCCUCAGGCAGGUCCGCCGCGAGCGCCCGGUGCCGCACAUGCAGCUCCACGUCGUCAAGCAGGGCGACCCCAACGAGAGGAGGUUCUUCGAGUCGCUGAUCGAGGACCGGACGACGGGCCUCCAGAGCACGUACACCGAGUUCUUGCAGCGGCUUGGGUACCGGCCGCCAGCGCAGGCGCCGCCUGGCGGGGCGCCUGGCGCGCCGCCGGGCGCCAUGGCGGGGGCGCCCCCCGGCGCGAUGGCCGCGCCUGGCAUGAUGCAGCAGCCCAUGGCGCCGCCAAUGAUGCGGCGGUGAGGCGGGCGCCGGGGGCCCCCCCGCGGGCAGCGCCCGCAGGGCGCCUCGCGGCGAGGCCGCGGGGCCGCCGGCCAGUGCCGCGGGGCCUCCGUGCUCCUGCGGCGCUGCCGCGGCGCUGCCGCGGCGCUGCCGCGGGCCGUGUCGGUUGCGGCUGAGCCUCCUUGCGGCCCUCCUCUCCUCGAGGGAUCCCUCCCCUUCCCUUGUUCGCCCUCUUGUCCUCUCCUCUUCAUCCCCUUUCUCCUGCCCGUUGUGCCUCUCUCGCCGUCUUUUCCUUCGCGCUCGCGCGCGUUUUUGUCAGCCCGCCGUGGCGGCGGGCGGGGGGGAGGCCCGGCUGGCUGGCGCUUGGCCCGAGGCCCCACGAGCUGGGGUUGUUCGGAGUGCGCUAGCGGACCACCUAACCGAUCCUCCUCCUCGUCCACUUGCCUCUCUCCUCCUCCUCCUCCUCCUCCUCCUC